AUGAGAAACCAUACAGAAACAAUAGAGUUUAUCCUCCUGGGACUGUCAGAUGACCCACAAUUUCAGGUUGUGAUCUUUGUCUUUCUGCUCAUCACCUACAUGCUCAGCAUCACUGGGAACCUGACCAUUAUCACCCUGACCCUGCUGGAUGCCCACCUCCAAACCCCCGUGUAUUUCUUCCUCAGAAAUUUCUCCAUCUUAGAAAUAUCAUUCACAACUGUCAGUAUACCCAAGUUCCUGGCCACCAUUAUUACAGGAGAUAAAACCAAUUCUUUUAAUGAUUGCAUUGCUCAGUUAUUUAUUUAUUUAUUUUUCAUUCUCUUGGGAGUCACUGAGUUUUAUCUUCUGGCUGCCAUGUCCUAUGACUGUUACAUUGCCAUCUGCAAACCCCUGCAUUACAUGACCAUCAUGAAUCACAGAGUCUGCACACUGCUUGUCUUCUCUUCCUGGCUAGUUUCAUUCUUAAUCAUAUACCCUGCACUCAUGUUGCUCUUAAACCUUGAUUACUGUAGGUCUAAUAUUAUUGACCAUUUUACCUGUGAUUAUUUUCCUUUGCUUCAACUGUCUUGUUCAGACACAAACUUUCUCGAAAUGAUGGGGUUUUCCUGUGCUGUGCUUACUCUAAUGUUCAGUUUGGCAUUAAUAAUUCUGUCCUAUAUAUACAUCAUCAGAACAAUUUUAAGAAUUCCUUCUACUAGUCAGAGGACAGAGACCUUUUCCACAUGUUCUUCCCACAUGAUUGUCCUCUCCAUCUCUUAUGGCAGCUGCAUUUUUAUGUACAUUAAACCCUCAGCACAGGAGAGGGUGUCUUUGAGCAAGGGGGUGGCUGUGCUAAACACCUCAGUAGCCCCCACACUGAACCCCUUCAUUUGCAGCCUACAGAAUGAGCAAGUCAAACAAGCCUUCAUGGACAUGGCAAGAAAGACUAUUUUUCAGAAGCAAAUGAAAUGA